AUGAAUAGCAUUUCUAAAAACUCACCAGAGACUGCUCUCAACACUAAUCCACUUUACCCCGACUUAACUCACCAGCACCUACCCUCCCUAUAUCCUACCCUAGAUACCCUUGACACCCAAGACCCUGAGUCCGAAACACAACAAAUUAGAGAACAAUUUAUCGCACAUUGGAAAGAGCUCGUAGAGCUUGAGUACGAACAUUUUAACGAAAAAACUAAACCCCACCAAACCAUCUCAACAACACUAAACUUAAAGAAAAUAGAGGAAAAACAGCAAGAGAUCCACAGAAAAACUAACAACACACUUCAACUUUAUACGCACUCUAUAUUAAAGAAAACUUUGGAGACCCCAGACAAUAUCACACCUAACAUAGUAACUCAGACCGCCAAUACCCUUAAAACUGAAAUAGCACGGCAUGGUGGAGAACAAAGUAAAGUAGAUGAUCUUUUACAACAAAAAGCUAAAAGUUCCAAAUACACCUUAAGUAGCUCCCUUGAACAAUUACAAGAAAACAAUAACACCCUCACAAAAUCGCUUGAGAAAGCCCACACCCGAAUUAAAGAAUUAGAGAAUAAUCAAGAAAAAAAACUAGACGCUACCAAGAAAGAGGUUAAAAACACUUCAGAAAGAAUCCAGCAGUUAGAAACCGAAAUCAGAGAAACGAAUAAAGCCUUUAACGAGACCCAGACAGAAAAAAAAUCUUUGCGAAAAAACCUGACAGACAUAACCGUGAAGACCAGAGACAUCGAAAAAGAACUACUAGAAGCCCAAGCAUACACCACAAAGCAGCAAGAUAAAAUAUCGUAUCUGGAGAGUCGCAUAGCAGAAUAUAAACAACGAGAAUUUCAUUUUCUGGAGGCUGAAGGAACAGACGACUCAACACGGGAAGAAACGGUUGGAGAAGUAACGGAACUAGUAAACCAGAUUAACGACUUAACAUCUCUAACGGGAAUUGGAGAGAAAUCCUUACAUUUCGAACUAGAAGCUGAACAAGUUUCUGAACUACAACAAGUGAUAGAUACUCUAAAAAACCAAAUAGAGUUGCAAAACAACGAUAUAUAUCAUCUGCAAAAGGAAAACAGCCGCCUGAAUCAAAAUCUUAAGAUGGGAAUAACUCACGACGCCAGCAGUAAGACCGAUGACGCCAACGGUAGGAAAGAAGAUUCGACAAGCAGCAAAGCAACAACUGACGAACAAGCUAUGGUGUCUAGCCUAACUCAACCAAUUGUUAAAGUUUUGGGAGAACUUUUUUCCAGAGAAGACAAAAAAUCCAUCCCACCUUUCAAAGGAAAGAGCACAGAUAAACUCAUCACGGAAUGGCUGAAAGGAGCGGAACACGUUGCCAGGAACAACGACUGGGAUGACAACCAAAAAUUACGGUUUUUCUCAGAUCGGCUAAAAGGAGAAGCCCUUGAGUGGCACGGAGAAUAUAGUGAAGAGCAAGGAGAAGAACUUAACUAUGGAGAUUGGAGAGAAGCAAUCAUCGAAAGAUUCCAGGACGCUUUCGACUUAGCUACCCUCAAGAAAAAAUUAUUGAAACUUAAACAAAAACCAGAAGAGAAUUGCCGAGCAUUCGUGUCCAGAUUAAAUAGCCUAUACGACAGCAUCGAAGGGAAAGAAGACAAAUUAGAUCAAGAUAAAACAACCAUCGUGGAAGACCAACUACUUAGUAAAGUAAAGAAGAUGAGAGACGGAACAAAAAUCAAAAUUCUUCUGCAAGGGAUUCUACCGAAGAUAAAAGCUGAACUGUAUUUAAGAAUGCCUGAAGAUCCUAAUGACUUUGAUGCUCUUUGUAAAAAAUUGUUCAUAUCUGAACAAAUUUUACAAAAUAAGGAAAACAACGAAGAAAAAGAAAUCACUGCAGUCAUAGCAGGAAUCACGCACCACGAACAACAACAAGACAAAGAACUAUCUCAACAAAAGACUGAAAUAGAAAAAUUAAGACAAAAAAUUUUGGAAUUGGAAUGCGCUAAUAAAAGUCGUGAACUAUCCCAGGAAAAUUCUGCGACAAUAGCAGCAACGGACCGAUACCAAACCCGAGGGCCACAUAGCAACGAACGACAAGCCAGAUCACCAUACUCAAGGGUCCGAUUCCAACAAUGCCGAGACAACAGCAGAGAAUCAACUUAUUCGCGUAGCCGAGAAGCUAGUUUCUCAAGGAGCAGAGACGGCAGCCCACACGGAGGAAAUUACAACCAAACACCAAACCUACGAGAAGGCCCAACGUCAAGAGAAGGUUUCACUACCUACCCAGACAGAUCAAGACAGUAUAGUGUACGACAACAAUACCAAGGCUCGACCAAUCAUCAGGCGUACAGGCCUUACCACCAACCCAACGCAAUUCCCAGAUAUCAAAAUCAGCCACAACUAUUCCGGCAAAAUCAAGCAAACCACUUUCAACCAAGACCCCAGCAAUCAUACAACAAUCAAAGGACACCAGGAAAUAGGGAAAUCAUUUGCCACAAGUGCAACAAAAAAGGGCAUAUAGCAAGAGAAUGCUGGACCAAUAUGGCACAUAUCAAUCGUCCAUUCCGUCGACCUAUCUAA